GAGUUUGGCGAGCGGUGUAGUCAGACGGCUGUGGUCCUGGGAGGCGACAGCUCGCCUCCGAGCUUCUCUCCGCUCGUCCGCCGCAGCCACCGCCGCGCCCCGGCCUCCCGCCGACCCUCGAUGCAGCGCCGGGCGGCUGCGUGAUGGGGCUGCGGAGCGGCGCCCUGCGGCUCGCGGCGGCCGCUGCUCGCGCUGAGCUGCGUCGGUGCCCGGCCUCCCGCGCCCCUGCGCGCCGCGGCGUCUUCUGACUCGGCCGGCCCGCCCGUCGGUCCGCAGCGCGGCUGAGGGAACCUUGAACAUAAGCUCUAAAGAAGAUUUGAUUUUUAUUUCUGGACUGCAUAUACCUUAUAAAGCCAUCAGAAUGUCGGGAGCCUCAGUGAAGGUCGCUGUUCGAGUGAGGCCCUUCAAUUCUCGAGAGAUGAGCAAGGAGUCCAAGUGCAUCAUUCAAAUGCAAGGCAACUCUACCAGUAUUAUUAACCCAAAGAACCCAAAGGAAGCACCAAAGUCCUUCAGCUUUGACUACUCUUACUGGUCUCACACCUCGCCUGAAGACCCCUGUUUUGCAUCGCAGAGUCGUGUGUACAAUGACAUCGGGAAGGAAAUGCUCUUACAUGCCUUUGAAGGAUAUAAUGUCUGUAUUUUUGCCUAUGGGCAGACUGGUGCUGGGAAAUCCUACACAAUGAUGGGGAAACAAGAAGAAAGCCAGGCUGGCAUCAUACCACAGUUGUGUGAAGAACUUUUUGAGAAGAUCAAUGACAACUGUAAUGAAGAAAUGUCUUACUCUGUAGAGGUGAGCUACAUGGAAAUUUACUGUGAGAGAGUACGAGAUUUGCUGAAUCCCAAAAACAAGGGUAAUUUGCGUGUGCGUGAACACCCUCUUCUUGGACCCUAUGUGGAGGAUCUGUCCAAGCUGGCAGUCACUUCCUACACGGACAUUGCCGACCUCAUGGACGCUGGGAACAAAGCCAGGACGGUGGCAGCCACCAACAUGAAUGAAACAAGCAGCCGUUCCCACGCUGUGUUUACCAUCGUUUUCACUCAGAAGAAACACGAUUCUGAGACUAACCUUUCAACUGAAAAGGUCAGUAAGAUCAGCUUGGUGGAUCUAGCAGGAAGUGAACGAGCUGAUUCAACUGGUGCCAAAGGAACUCGAUUAAAGGAAGGUGCAAAUAUUAAUAAGUCUCUUACAACUCUGGGCAAAGUCAUUUCAGCCUUGGCGGAGGUGGAUAACUGCACGAGCAAGAGUAAAAAGAAGAAGAAAACUGAUUUUAUUCCUUACAGGGAUUCUGUGCUUACUUGGCUCCUUCGAGAAAAUCUAGGUGGAAACUCUCGAACUGCAAUGGUUGCUGCUCUGAGCCCAGCAGAUAUCAACUAUGAUGAAACUUUGAGCACCCUGAGAUAUGCAGAUCGUGCAAAACAAAUUAAAUGCAAUGCUGUUAUUAAUGAGGACCCUAACGCCAAGCUGGUUCGGGAGCUAAAGGAGGAAGUAACACGACUGAAGGACCUUCUUCGUGCUCAGGGACUGGGAGAUAUUAUUGAUAUUGAUCCAUUGAUUGAUGAUUACUCUGGAAGUGGAGGCAAAUAUCUGAAAGAUUUUCAGAACAAUAAGCAUAGGUACUUGCUAGCCUCUGAGAAUCAACGCCCUGGCAAUUUUUCCACAGCAUCCAUGGGGUCCCUUACUUCAUCUCCAUCUUCAUGCUCACUUAAUAGUCAGGUGGGCUUAACAUCUGUGACCAGUAUUCAAGAGAGGAUCAUGUCUACACCUGGAGGGGAAGAAGCCAUUGAACGUCUGAAGGAAUCAGAGAAGAUCAUUGCUGAGUUGAAUGAAACCUGGGAAGAGAAGCUUCGUAAGACAGAAGCUAUCAGAAUGGAGAGAGAAGCCUUGUUGGCUGAGAUGGGAGUUGCCAUACGGGAAGAUGGAGGGACACUUGGCGUUUUCUCACCUAAAAAGACUCCACAUCUCGUUAACCUCAAUGAAGACCCACUAAUGUCGGAGUGUCUGCUUUAUUAUAUCAAAGAUGGAAUUACAAGGGUUGGCCAAGCAGAUGCUGAGCGGCGCCAGGACAUAGUGCUGAGUGGGGCUCACAUUAAAGAAGAGCAUUGUAUCUUUCGGAGUGAGAGAAACAACACUGGUGAAGUUGUUGUGACUUUAGAGCCCUGUGAGCGCUCAGAAACAUAUGUGAAUGGCAAGAGGGUGGCUCAUCCUGUGCAGCUGCGCUCAGGGAACCGUAUCAUUAUGGGUAAAAACCAUGUUUUUCGUUUCAACCACCCUGAACAAGCCCGAGCUGAACGGGAGAAGACUCCCUCUGCGGAGACCCCCUCUGAGCCAGUGGACUGGACAUUUGCUCAGAGAGAGCUUCUUGAAAAACAAGGAAUUGAUAUGAAACAGGAGAUGGAAAAGAGGCUACAGGAAAUGGAGAUUCUGUACAAAAAGGAAAAGGAGGAAGCUGAUCUUCUUUUGGAGCAGCAGAGACUGGACUAUGAAAGUAAAUUGCAGGCCUUGCAGAGACAGGUUGAGACUCGCUCUCUGGCUGCAGAAACAACUGAAGAGGAAGAGGAGGAGGAGGAAGUUCCUUGGACACAGCAUGAGUUUGAGUUAGCCCAGUGGGCAUUCCGGAAAUGGAAAUGUCACCAGUUUACUUCAUUAAGGGACUUACUGUGGGGCAAUGCGGUGUACCUGAAGGAAGCCAACGCCAUCAGUGUGGAACUGAAGAAGAAGGUGCAGUUUCAGUUUGUUCUGCUGACUGACACACUCUACUCACCUUUGCCUCCUGAAUUACUUCCCACGGAGAUGGAAAAAACUCACGAGGACAGACCUUUCCCUCGAACAGUGGUGGCCGUGGAAGUCCAGGAUCUGAAGAAUGGAGCAACACAUUAUUGGUCUUUGGAUAAACUCAAGCAGAGACUGGAUUUAAUGCGAGAGAUGUACGACAGGGCAGGUGAGAUGGCCUCCAACGUUCAAGACGAAAGCGAGACGACCAUGACUGGCAGUGACCCAUUCUACGAUCGGUUCCACUGGUUCAAACUUGUAGGAAGCUCCCCCAUUUUCCACGGCUGUGUGAAUGAGCGCCUUGCCGACCGCACACCCUCCCCCACUUUUUCCACGGCCGAUUCCGACAUCACUGAACUGGCUGACGAGCAGCAGGAUGACAUGGAGGAUUUUGAUGAUGAGGCAUUCGUGGAUGACACCGGCUCUGACGCAGGGACGGAAGAGGGAUCAGAUCUCUUCAGUGAUGGGCAUGACCCAUUUUACGACCGAUCCCCUUGGUUCAUUUUAGUAGGAAGGGCAUUUGUAUACUUGAGCAACCUGCUGUAUCCGGUGCCCCUGAUUCACAGGGUGGCCAUUGUCAGUGAGAAGGGGGAAGUUCGGGGAUUUCUUCGUGUGGCUGUGCAGGCCAUUGCAGCUGAUGAAGAAGCUCCUGAUUAUGGCUCUGGAAUUCGACAAUCAGGAACAGCUAAAAUAUCUUUUGAUAAUGAAUACUUUAAUCAGAGUGACUUUUCUUCAGUUGCAAUGACUCGUUCUGGUCUGUCUUUGGAGGAACUGAGGAUUGUGGAAGGACAAGGUCAGAGCUCUGACGUUAUCAGUCCUCCAGAGGAAGUCAACCGAAUGAAUGACUUGGAUCUGAAGUCAGGUACUCUGCUGGAUGGGAAGAUGGUGAUGGAAGGGUUUUCUGAAGAGAUCGGCAACCACCUGAAACUGGGCAGUGCCUUCACCUUCCGAGUCACUGUGCUACAGGCCAGUGGGAUCCUUCCAGAGUAUGCAGACAUCUUUUGUCAGUUCAACUUUUUGCAUCGGCAUGAUGAAGCAUUCUCCACUGAACCCCUAAAAAACAAUGGAAGAGGAAGUCCCCUGGGCUUUUAUCAUGUACAGAAUAUUGCAGUGGAGGUCACUGAGUCAUUUGUGGACUACAUCAAAACCAAGCCCAUCGUAUUUGAGGUCUUUGGGCACUAUCAGCAGCACCCACUUCAUCUGCAAGGGCAAGAUCCUAACAGUCCACCUCAGCCAUCUCGAAGAUUCUUCCCCCCACCCAUGCCACUCUCCAAACCAGUUCCAGCCACCAAGUUAAACACCAUGAGCAAAACCAGCCUUGGGCAGAGCAUGAGCAAGUAUGACCUUCUGGUUUGGUUUGAGAUCAGUGAACUGGAGCCUACUGGAGAGUAUAUUCCAGCUGUGGUUGACCACACAGCAGGCUUACCCUGCCACGGGACAUUUUUGCUGCACCAGGGCAUCCAGCGAAGGAUCACAGUGACUAUCAUCCAUGAGAAGGGCAGUGAGCUCCACUGGAAAGACGUUCGUGAACUGGUGGUAGGCCGUAUUAGGAAUAAACCUGAGGUAGAUGAAGCUGCAGUUGACGCUAUCCUUUCCCUCAACAUCAUCUCUGCUAAGUCCCUGAAGUCUUCCCACAAUUCCAGCAGGACCUUCUACCGUUUUGAGGCCGUAUGGGACAGCUCCCUACAUAACUCCCUUCUUCUGAACCGAGUGACACCCUAUGGAGAAAAGAUCUACAUGACCUUAUCAGCUUAUCUGGAGUUAGACCAUUGUAUCCAGCCAGCCGUCAUCACCAAGGAUGUGUGCAUGGUCUUUUAUUCCCGAGAUGCCAAGAUCUCACCUCCGCGUUCUCUGCGAAGCCUCUUUGGUAGUGGCUACUCAAAGUCACCAGACUCCAACCGAGUUACUGGAAUUUAUGAACUGAGCUUAUGCAAAAUGGCAGAUACUGGUAGUCCAGGCAUGCAGAGGCGGAGGAGAAAAGUCUUGGACACCUCUGUGGCAUAUGUGCGAGGAGAGGAGAACCUAGCAGGCUGGCGGCCUCGAGGAGACAGCCUCAUCCUGGAGCACCAGUGGGAGCUGGAGAAGCUGGAGCUGCUGCAUGAGGUGGAGAAAACUCGCCACUUCUUGCUGCUUCGUGAGAGGCUUGGUGACAGCAUACCCAAGUCUCUGAGUGACUCACUGUCCCCCAGCCUCAGCAGUGGAACCCUUAGUACCUCGACCAGCAUCUCUUCUCAGAUCUCAACCACCACCUUUGAAAGCGCCGUCACACCCAGCGAGAGCAGUGGCUAUGACUCAGCAGACAUCGAAAGCCUGGUAGAUAGAGAGAAGGAACUGGCUACAAAGUGCCUACAGCUUCUCACCCACACUUUCAACCGAGAAUUAAACCAGGUACAUGGCAGCAUCAGUGACUGUAAGUUGUCUGAUAUCUCUCCAAUCGGACGGGAUCCCUCCGUGUCCAGUUUCAGCAGUUCGACCCUCACUCCUUCCUCCACAUGCCCCUCCCUGGUGGACUCAAGGAGCAACUCCAUGGAUCAGAAGACCCCAGAAGCCAACUCUCGUGCCUCUAGUCCCUGCCAAGAAUUUGAACAGUUUCAGAUCGUCCCAGCUGUGGAGACACCCUAUUUGGCCCGAGCAGGAAAAAAUGAAUUUCUCAACCUUGUUCCAGACAUUGAAGAAGUUAGAGCAGGCUCAGUGGUGUCUAAGAAGGGAUACCUGCAUUUCAAGGAGCCACUUUCCAUUAACUGGGCUAAACAUUUCGUUGUGGUUCGUCGCCCUUACGUCUUCAUCUAUAACAGUGACAAAGACCCAGUAGAGCGUGGCAUCAUUAACCUGUCUACAGCACAGGUGGAGUACAGUGAGGACCAGCAGGCCAUGGUGAAGACACCUAAUACCUUUGCUGUAUGCACAAAGCACCGUGGGGUUCUUCUGCAAGCUCUCAAUGACAAAGACAUGAAUGACUGGUUAUAUGCCUUUAACCCACUUCUGGCUGGCACAAUAAGAUCAAAGCUCUCUCGCAGAUGCUCAAGCCAGCCGAAAUAUUAAGUGAUUCUCCUGAGCCUUGCUCACCUUCGACAGAUAAAGAAAGUGUUACCUCUCAUUCUGUUUGUGAUUCUUGAUGGUUAUUCUUGUAUGUAAUCCUGUGGCUUAACUACUUCCCUUGUCAUCCAGCGCUCCUCUAGUUCUCCUGUUCCCCAUCUCCAUGGUUCUGUACUCUUCUUUUUCUUGUGCUAAGACUUGUAGCAUGUGGCCUAACAGAAGGGGGGGGAAAUCACUACUCACAUUUGUAUACACUCACACUCACACACACCCUGAGGGGAUCCAGCAAAUCUCAAAAUGAGUUUCCCAUGUACUUCAGCUACCUUUGGAUGGCAGAUCCUCUUCAUUGGUCACUGUCUGGCUGUUCUGUGUAUCUCUGGUUUCAGGGUAGUUUCUUUCUCUUUCUCUUUUUUCCCCCUCUGUUUAUGAUACUACUACUUUUUCCUGGAUGGCUUAGAGACUAAGGGAGGAGACACCUGCUAUUGUCAGCCCUGAAAGAAAAACCUCUUUUUCCCUCCUUCUGUCUCUUUUUUUAGUGGCUAAUCCCUGUAUUCCCAUUCAGGGAAAGCACUGUGGGAAGCUCAGAAAUGGAUUUAUAUUCUCUGUCCAAAUCAGGGCUUAGAGCAUUCAUGUAUGAAGUGGAAGAUACAGAAGGGCCUUUGUGAUAGGCCUGGAACAGCGGCUGCGGCUGGGCCGUUUAAGGCCUAAGCUGCCAGAGUAGGUUGGGCAGUGGGUGAUGAGGAUGAUGAUUAGAGGCCAACUGACUGUAGGUCCUCACAGCAGGCUCCUGCAAACUUUUCUCCUCGCUGGGAAGGAGGCAUUUGUCUAGGAGUUUCUCUAACUGUUUUCAGCAUUCCUGAUGCUGGCGCCACUGUUUGGAAUUAUGUGAUGUCAUGAACACCUUUCCCACCAGGGGGAGUGUGGGAGUGUUUGACUUUCUGGUGAGAAACUGGAUCAUUGUUGCUCAGAGGUGCUGAGUGCAUCUUGUGAUUGUUGUAGCUCCCUUUGAUCAAAGAAUUGUAGCUUCAGCAUAAACUUUAAAGUCACCACCUGAACCCAGUGGCCGUUUCUAAUAAUACUUGUCUCAAAAUAAGCAAACAUGGCAGGCUUUGCUUGUAUGCUAGAACUGACCAGCUUCUACCACCACUGCAGACAAGUCAGAAGCCUCUUAAGGUAGAAAGAGAGUGCACCCAACCGUCCUGUGGUGGCUAUUGGGUCCUAGCAACCCCAUUUCCCCUGUCCCCGUCCACACGUGGUUAAGAGGGAGAGUUCACUGCCACUAGUUUCUGUGGCUUCUAACUAACUGAGUCUCUGGGUUCAAGAGGUUAUCAUAGAAAAUAAUGCUUGUUCUCUACCUGCCAGGGACUGAGGAGAGCACAGAACGCCCCUGGUUUUUGCCAGUGACUUGCAGCUCAUUCAUGCUGCCGUUCUUAUCAGCCUGUUUUACCAUCACUCAGGCACCCAGGAAAGCAUCUGCUCACCUCCACUCUGGGAAGGUUUCUGGCCACUUGAGGGUAGUGGAGGAAUGGAUUUCUUUCUGGUCAAGAGCUCACUCACCACUGCAGAGCAGCCACUAGGGAGGCAUCAUGCAGACCCUUGCUUCUGACCUCUCAGCAGGGCUUCCCUCUGAAGAACAGGACUCCUGGCUCCUUUGUUAAAAUUGCCUUGCAAAGAAAAGGAAAAGUGGACCAUGGAGAAAAGAAAGGGCAGAAACCAGACUGUUCUUAUCUAAAAGAUCAGCUCAUUGGUGGAUUUUUAAAACUUUCUUUCUCUCCUUUAUAAAGCAUAAGUCACUAACUGUAAUGUUAGUUUUUUUCUAAACAUAUAUAGAAGAUUUUUAAUGUAGUUAGCAGUCUCUGUUGUCUAAUGGACACAACACGCCCUUCUGGUGUAUACUCAAAUUCAGCAGGUUCUGUCUGUGCUUGGAGACAGCUUCCUGAACCAGAACUAAAUCUAAUUUCAGGGAAACGAAGGUGAAAGAUCGCUUUUCAAUUGAAUUGCUGAUAUCGCUGCUGUUACAAAGUAGAUGUAAGGAUCCAUGUCAGUGACGAGCGGUGUGAAGCCUGAGGGAGGUGAAAUUGUGCUAUACACAAUACCCUGCAAUGAGUGUUUUCUUUCUUUCUUUCUUUUUUUUUUUUUUUCUUUUUCUUUUUUGGUUUUCAAAACAGGCUUUCUCUAUGUAACAAGGCCUGGCUGUCCUUGACUCACUUUGCAGACCAGGCUGACCUCGAACUCACAGAGAUCCACCUGCCUCUGCCUCUUGAGUGCUGGGAUUAAAGCCGUGUGCUACCAUGCCUGGUAUGUUUUCUUUUAACUCAUACAAAACUGGUUUAGAAAAAUCUUUGCUUUGCAAAUAUCAAAUGUUAACAUGAGCCAAACAGGACUGUCCCUUCAUAAGCUGUCCCUUAAGGAGGCCUUGAUAGGAAAACCAGGGAAGGUAGGGCUGGACCUUGGGCACCUGUGCUUCUACCUGCCCUGCCCUUCUUUCUGUAGGGCCCAAGCUCAGACCAGAAGCUGAGCAUUUAUGGGAUUUAUGUUCUGUUUCCUGACAAGGUCAGCUCUGCUUUGAAGUGCUGAAAAAGAAAGGGUUUUAUGGCAAGACCUGUUCAUGAGAUUUUUGUUGUUGCCAUGGUAGCAGGAAAGUUAAAACAACUACCUUUUACGGACAAUUACCUUUUAAUUUUUUUUUUUUUUAAUUUUCAAAGCACUCUUUUAAACAAUAACAAAAUAAACCUAGAAUGAAAACACACAAAGUACAGAAAAGUGAGUGCUACUUAAAACCUUAUCCUCCCCUUCCUUUACAUCUUCAUCCUCCUUUCUCCCACACAAAUAUGGCCUCGUGACUAUCCCCCUGACCAGUGCUCAGGCCUUGCCUGCUUCUGUGAGACUAUCCUGGGAGUCAGUCAGCUUUCAGGUGCAGACUGUGCGGGGACCAGGCAGUCCCUGUACAAGGUUAGGCAAGAGCACAGGCCAGGCUGCUUCCAAGCAGGCCCCUGACUUCAUCCAUAAGUGAGAAAUUUGUUGAGGCUCCUCAACUAAUAAACUAUUGUGUUUUUGUUUUUUUCCCUUCAGCUACAUAUCUGUUAAUUUUUCAAAAAUUUUUUCAUCUAGUUUGGGUGAAGAAAUGAAUGAUGACUGUGAAAGGUCUUCAGGGUCUAAAGACAGAUAACUUUUCCUGACACAUAUUUCAAACCAUAGACUUUGUUACCUGCUGCUUCUUGUCUAAUUUAGGGAUAUUUAACUUUGUAGGUAUUUGUAUAUUUAUACAGCUGUGAUAGGUUGCACAUUGGACUGAAAGGAAAUGGUUCUGCCCUGUGUGGCUUCUGUUGGGACUCUAGCAUUUCCCUCUUGGGCACUGUGCUCUGAGGUCUUGUGAACAGCCCCCAGGGAUGGAUGGUUUGUUUGGCAUGGGUCCUUCACUUUUCAUUUGGGUUUCUUUUUGAAAUUGUAAUCUUUAACUUGCUCUAUGAGAAGAAAAGAAUAAUCCUGUUGCUGCUCUUGGAAGGUCUGCUGAAUGCAUUUGAAUAAAACUCUGGCGCCAUGCACCACAGCCAUCCACUGUGACCAGUGGUCCGCCACGAGUGAGUGAGACCAGGACUGUGGAGCAAGUCAGAGACUGUCGCUGUUAACUGUUCAGAAGGCCAUUUAUGAAGUAGGCAUUUGAGUUCAAAAAAUAUCUCAAGAGAGCUCCUAAUUACUUAAAAAAGAAAUUUCUACCAUAAGAAAGAGAUUAAAAGUUGAUACAGAACUGGUGUUAAAAACUCACAGCCAGAGGUUAGGGGUGUAGCUUAGUGGUAGAGCAUUUGGCAAUUAUAUGUGAUGUUUGGUUCAGUCCCCAGUACUGCAAAUCAGACAGACAGAAGGCCUCACAGUAGAGAGCUGCUCCGAUAGAAAGUACAGGCAGAGGUUGGUCUCAUGUGAGAUCCUGGAUGUUUUGUGCUGUCAUGUCUUUAAUUGAUUUUUUUCUCAUGCUGUGUAUUCUGGCAUCAGUUCGCCUAAGGGAUCCACCAGCCUCCUCAUGUUCAAGCAUUGUCUCAGACUUUGUGGCUCCGACGUACUUGUCUGUUGAGAGUCAAGUCUCCUGUCACCAUCCCCAUGCUAUAACAGAAUCCAUGAAGCAUAAGUGGCCUUUCUGAACCAAGACUUCGCAAACUGAUCUCUCCCCAGUGAAGGAGUUGAGCACAAGCAACAAUGUACAUUAUUAAUUUUGGAUUUCAUUUUCAUGUUUUAUUUUGUAAAUAUCUGAUGUUUGGAGCUUGAGUAUACAAAAUGUAAAUACAGUUCUUGUAUUUGUACUAAUCCUGAUUCUUUUGCUGUAUAGCCUUAGUGUGUAAUGCAGACAUUAUCUAACUGUGUAUGGUAACCUUGCAUCACAGAACUGCUAGUGAACGAGGUAAAAGUAAUAAAGGUACAACCAGUGCAUCAAA